UAGAGUGUUUCUCACAUAUUCAGACACACACACACAAACACGCGCACACACACACACACACACACACACACACACACACACACACACACACACACACACACACACACACACACACACUUACUCCCACGCACACCCACACACACACUCACACACACACCCACACACACUUACACACACACAAACACACACACAUACACACAAACGCUAACACACACACACACACACACACACACACACACACACACACACACACACACACACACACACACACACACACACACACACGCUUGUAUGACACGUCCGCCACGACGAGUUGCGCUCGCGGACUGGGCUACCCCUCUCGUCAGAGAACUCAGAAGCACGCGGAGUUUCCAGAACACUCACAGAGGAGCUAUGCAUCUUCUGAAGAGACCUCCAGGGACCAGCGGGAGCCUGCUUUCUCAUCGGACGUAGUGUCUGGCCCCUCCGUCGGCUCCACCUCCCUCCCUAAGGUGGUGUCACCAUGCUUAGUUUGCCUUAAACCCUAAAAAGGUUGCAACAACUUUUCCUCCGCUCGCGCCUGGACUAUUUCUGGACUACUUCUGAACAUUCCACAAACCGUGACGGAAUACAUGAAGGAAUUUAUUUUUAUUUUUUCAAGAUUAAAGCGCAAGGUUGUCGUGAAUCAAGACGGGAGAAGGGAAGAACAUGUGGCACCAUGAUGUGCGGCUAAAUAAUACAUGACCGGGUCAGACACAUCAAAGCGGCCUCCAAGACGACGGCUGAUUGAAGACCAAGAAAGGAAGAAAAGGCUGUUUCCAACCCUUUUCGUAUGCGGCCUGAGAUAAUUGGUGACGCCAAUUAAAAAAGCAAUCUUAACGCCCUUAUCGUCAGAGAUGGAGCAACCUGCGACACUCUGAAAAUUCAGUCAUACUAAUUAGCUCAGCAAGUAAUCAAUGUGAAUAAUCAACCUCAUAAAAAUCAAUAGCAUCCUAUUGAUUUGAAUGGAUGGAAGCCCACCCAGCGUGAAGGUUGCGGUCUGUGUUUACCUGUUUGCUUCUUAAAGGCCUGUUGGACAUGAAUAACCAAAAACACCAUUCUGCAUCCGUCUCUACACAGCCGUGUGCUUUGGGCUGCUUUAGAAUUUGACCCCUUUUGUGAGUCUCGUGUGUGUGUGUGUGUGUGUGUGUGCGCGUCAGUGUGUGUGUGCGUGCCAUGAUGCUUCGCCGCGGCCUGCUCUCCUGGGCGUCCCGCGUGGGCGGGGUGCUGGUGUUGGUCUGCUGCACCCUGUCCCUCCUCUACGUCAUGAACUGCAGCCCGCCCCAUCCUGACGCCCAGCCCCCGGGCCACACACUCCCCUCCCUGGGGGGGGCGCCGGGGGGGGCGCCUGGGGCCCCCCGGCCCCCAAGAGGCGGGCCCCCGGGGGGACAGUCCUACCAGGUGCUCCUGCAGGAGCGAGAGGAGCAGCACCGCCUCCACAUCUCCUCCCUGAAGUCCCAGAUCUCCCAGCUGAAGGAGGCGCUGCAGGAGCGCAGCCUGCAGCUCAAGGGCGUGCAGGAGACGCUGGACAGGGCCUCCAGCAGCAGGGGAGGGGCCCCCGGGCAGGCGCAGGGGCCCGGGGCCCCGGGGCCCGCCGCCGCUCGCGGAGGAGGAGGAGGAGGAGCGGCGGCGGCCGUAGGGGACGGAGCCCUGGGCGGCGCCCGGAGCCAGCAGGCGGACCUCCAGGAGUUCCUGGCCGGCCAGCUGUCGCGGGCGGAGGUGAGCGUGGGCGUGCGGCUGGCCAGCGAGUACGCCGUGGCGCCCUUCCAGAGCUUCACCCUGCAGCGGGUGUACCAGCUGGAGACGGGGCUCACCAGGCACCCCGAGGAGAAGCCCGUGAGGCGGGACCGCCGGGAGGAGCUGGGGCAGGCCCUGGAGGCGGCGCUGCUCGCCCUCAACGCCGCGCCCCGUCGUCCCGGGGAGCAGGUGGGGAGGGGGGGCGGCGGCGGGGGGGCGGCGGCCACGGCGGAGAAGGUCUACACGCCGUCCGACUUCGUGGAGGGCAUCACCCGGACGGAGAAGGACAAGGGCACCAUGUACGAGCUGACAUUCAGAGGGGCGGCCAAGAGGGACUUCCGGCGCAUGGUGCUGUUCCGCCCGUUCGGACCCCUGAUGAAGGUGAAGAGCGAGAGGGUGGACACCAGCAACAUCCCCAUCAACAUCGUGGUCCCGCUGGCCCGACGCACCGACACCUUUAAGCAGUUCAUGCAGAACUUCAGGGAGGUGUGUGUGCGCCAGGAUGGUCUGGUCCAUCUGACAGUGGUGUAUUUCGGGAAGGAACAGGUUGAAGAAGUGCGCGGCAUUCUAGAGAACACGUCCAGGGAGGAAAAUUUUAAGAACUACACUCUGAUCCAGCUGGAUGAGGAGUUUUCCCGGGGCCGGGGUCUGGACCUGGGGGCCCGAGCCUGGGAGGGAGGCAACGUUCUGCUCUUCUUCUGCGACGUGGACAUCUACUUCAACGCUGACUUCCUCACCACCUGCCGACUCAACACCCUACCUGGUAAAAGGGUGUUCUACCCUGUGCUCUUCAGCCAGUACAACCCCACACUUAUCUACGGAGGCCCCGACCACAUCCCACCAGUGCAGCAACAGCUGGUGAUUAAGAAGGACACAGGGUUUUGGAGGGAUUUUGGUUACGGCAUGACCUGCCAAUACAGAUCGGACUUUGUAAACAUAGGGGGCUUCGACGUGGACAUCAAAGGCUGGGGCGGCGAGGACGUCCACCUCUACAGGAAGUAUCUCCAUAGCAACCUGCUGGUGGUGCGGGCUCCCUCCAGGGGGCUGUUCCACCUGUGGCACGAGAAGCACUGCGCAGACGAGCUACGCCCGGACCAGUACCGCAUGUGCAUGCAGACCAAGGCCAUGAACGAGGCCUCGCACGGCCAGCUGGGCAUGCUGCUCUUCAGGCAGGAGAUCCAGGCCCACCUCCGGCAGCAGAAGCCCGCCGCAAAGCCCCAAAAGAAGACCAAAGCCUAAAGGACUGAUCAUGGUUCCACGUUGAAGCAACGCAGGGGGGGGGGGGGGGGGUUACGGAGCCAUCACGUCCUUGCGGACCCUCCUUGCGGGACCCUCCUUGCGUCCACCGCAAGGGCCUGACCUGCGCAUCCCAGAAAUGUUAGCCUUGCGUCGAGGCACGCAGCAGCAAGGGCUGGGAUUGGUUCCGCUCACUUAAACCCGACGCAGAACCAAAACCGGUUCACGACUGCGUCGAAGCGUCUGUGUUGUCAUGUGUUGGCGUUGCGUCGACGUGGAACCAUAAUUGAGCCUUAACGUCGGGAAUCCAUUAAGGAGGAUGCCCCUUUGCGCUGUCAUGACUACUUUAAGGCACGCGUAGGCUGAGAGACUGAAGGCGGCUGCAUGCUUCAGCGUUGGUGUUACGUUGUUGCGCAAAAUUUACUCAAAGCAAUUCAUGCUCCCUUUUAGGUUGCGCGUGUUGCGCGUGUUGCCAAGCAAUUUACCGCCAGAACAGUAGGUGGAGUAAUAUGUGGAGGAAAGUUUUUCGUUGAAGACGACCUCGAGAAUGACGUCUUUGUCUGUGGGAGUCGUUGGUUUGUUUAUGUGCCAGAUCGUGUUCUCCCCAUACACAGUGAAUGAUGGCAACAGACAGAGGAACAGGGGUGAUGAAGUUGUUGAUCAUUGGGGUUGUAUAAAUGUGCAUAUCUCUCUACAUUUUAAAAUAAUGUGUUGGCAGCAAAGUUAACUUCACUUCAGGUUAAUGCUUUUGUAUAUGAGCCUGCCGGGUGAUACUCCAGACAGGAAGUGGUAACCAGACCAGCAAACCAAUCACAGCCUUGCAGGCUGGGCGGCUCGCGUAAAAGCUUACGUAAAAAAUGACGCAAGUCUAGAAAAAUCGCCCGACGCACGCAAGACGUGAGAAGUCGCGCAAGGGGGGCGCAAGGGCGCGCAAGGGCCUCUUGCGCUUGCGCUUACGCUUACGUAACCGAGCAUAAACCAGCCUUGAGAGAGGGCCGUGAAGGGAAGCGUUAUCUCGGUCCGCUGCCACGCAAUGUCCCCGCAUCUUGCCUCAUGUGACCUGUGGUCGCCGUUGAGCAGUCCCUGGUCGCCUACUAACUAUGAGCUGUGUGUACACCAGUCUCCCAGUCUAUUUUAGCUGUGUACACCAGUUAACAUUCCCCCGAGCGAGAAGAAUAAGAACAUGACAAGAACAACAACAAAGACAAGGAGGAUGAAUUCAGAGGGUUUUUUAAACAUGUUACAGAGACUGAUAUCCCUCUAUAGGAAGUCCCGCCCUCUCUCUGGUCGUUCUCCGUUAAACCCGUGUAACUGGAACAGAUAUUGCUUCCGCUCUUGCAUGACAGGAAGUCACGCCCUCUCUCUCGCCUAUAACUCACAUUUGGAGGACCCCACUCAAGACGUUACGUGGUGAGAUGUGAACGCCUUGUAAACGCGGUUAUACCAGAGCUAACAGUGAGGUGCUAUAUUAUGUGUGAAACUUUUGGGCAAAAAAAAUCGCAUUCAUCUCGACAACUGGAGUAACGAACAACGUGGGAGUUUCGUUCAAGCGAAACUUGAUCUUGGUCUGUUUUACUGCUGUCCCAUCGGUGGGAAAUGGGCGGAUAGAAGAAGCAGUUUUGGCUGUAACUGUAUACUCGUGGCAAUGAAUGAGCAGGAAGGACGGACAAAAACCCUCCCUGUAGUGAGGUCUUUGGAAAAAAUCUCAUGAAAAAACUAGCUCUGGAAGUUAUACAGAGAAUGAAGUCAGAGUCGUUAAGUGCCUUCUAUGACGAAAAUGCUGAUAUUUUUUGUCGUCUUCUUAUUGGAUGGGUCAAUGGUGCCAUCUAGUGGACUGACGUUGUAAAACUUCCUUAACGAUAUUUUUUAUUUUAUUCAUAAUUAUUUUCUUUUCAUUGCUACAUGCCCCUUUUCUUCUAAUUUAUACGUGUGUUUUUCUUGAAAUGCAAACAGCAGGUCCCAGUACACACAUAUAAUUGAAUAUUGAAGUGUAAGCAAAACAAAACAUGAAUGUUAUUUAAAUGUUUGAAAUUGUCUGAAAGUAUAAUCUCUUCUCAAUAUGAAAUACUUUUUUUAACAGAAAAAUUCCACUUGCUCAUGACUCCAAAUCAUGGAUUUCUUUGGCCCCAAUUUAUUCAAAUGAUCCUUACUAUCCAUUUGUGACAUCACAAAUAGGGGUGUCCACCAGUUGUGUGAGAGACACGGUUGGAAUGAGCCAUCAACUCCAGUCUACCAGUCACUAAAUUCCUCAUGAAGAUGACCAAAUAUAGCCCUAACCCCUGACCGGUUAACCAUACACCUGGGUGGACCCUCCCACUCAACUUAUGAUGUCAAAAAAAGACAAACUCACAUAAGCUGGGUAAGAUAGGUUCCCUUUAACAUGGUUGACUUAAGGUCUAUUUCUGUCUGCAAAUUAGUUAGGAGAAUUUUUUCUUUUUGA